UACUUUUCUGAAUACAUAUAUAACGUGAUUUCUUAUUAUUUAUUGAAAAAAUGGAUGCUGCUCCCCAACAAGCUGCUCGAGCACACGUACGAGAUGAGAUCGGGGUCAAAUGUCAAAAAUUGUUCCAAGAUUUCCUGGAGAGAUUUAAGGAAUUUGAUGUUGUUAAAUAUCUGGAACCAGCUAAAGAGCUUAUCAGUCCGGAACGCUGUACAUUAGAAGUGUCUUUUGAAGAUACAGAAACGUAUAAUCAAAUGCUGGCUACAACUAUAGUCGAAGAAUACUACAGGGUAUAUCCAUUUUUAUGUCAGGCAGUAAGCAACUUUGUUAAAGAUGUGGGAAACUUACAGAAAGAUAAGGAAUGUUAUGUCAGUUUUAUCGAAGUACCUAUUAGACAUAAAUUAAGGGAGCUGAACACAUCGCUGUUGGGUACUUUAACUCGUAUAUCUGGACAGGUGGUACGAACACAUCCUGUUCAUCCAGAGUUAGUCCUUGGCACAUUUAUUUGUAUGGACUGUAACGCGUAUAUUAAAAAUGUGGAGCAACAAUUUAAGUUUACAAAUCCAACAAUCUGUUCUAAUCCAGUAUGUAGCAACAGACGUCGUUUUCUGCUGGAUGUGGACAAUUCCAUAUUUGUCGACUUCCAAAAAGUAAGGAUUCAAGAAACGCAAGCUGAACUUCCUCGAGGUUCUAUACCUCGCUCUCUUGAAAUUAUUCUGAGAUCUGAGAUAGUUGAGAUGGUGCAAGCUGGUGACAGAUAUGAUUUUACAGGAUCCCUUAUUGUAGUGCCAGAUGUAGGAGCAUUAGCUUUACCAAGUGCCAAAGCAGAAGUUGGUCCAAGAAACAGGGCUAAUGAGCAGAGGGAAGGUGUAACUGGCCUUAAAGCACUUGGUGUUAGGGAACUGACAUAUAAAAUGGCAUUUCUCGCCUGCAGCGUUACUAACACAAGCGCAAGGUUUGGAGGUACAGAUACAAUGGAAGAAAUUUCACAAGAAGCGAUGAAGAAACGAAUGACAGAAGCAGAGUGGAAUCGCAUUUAUGAGAUGAGUCGUGACAAAAAUCUGUACACAAACAUAGUUUCCAGCCUGUUUCCCGCUGUACACGGCAACGACGAAAUUAAGAAGGGGAUUACGCUAAUGUUCUUUGGAGGUGUAGCAAAAACUACAGAGGAAGGCACGUCACUAAGAGGAGAUAUCAACGUUUGCAUCGUCGGCGAUCCCAGUACUGCAAAGUCGCAGUUCCUCAAAUGCGUAACAGAUAUCUCGCCCAGGGCAGUUUACACGUCCGGAAAGGCAUCGAGCGCAGCUGGUUUGACGGCCGCGGUAGUGCGAGAUGAAGAAUCCUCGGAUUUCGUUAUAGAAGCUGGGGCGUUGAUGCUCGCGGAUCAUGGCAUCUGCUGCAUUGAUGAAUUCGAUAAGAUGGAUCCAAAGGAUCAGGUCGCAAUUCACGAAGCUAUGGAACAGCAAACAAUUUCGAUAACUAAAGCCGGUGUAAGAGCAACUUUGAACGCUCGCACCUCUAUACUAGCAGCGGCGAAUCCCAUCGGCGGACGAUACGACAGGAGAAAAUCAUUGCAACAAAAUGUACAAUUAACCGCACCCAUUAUGUCGAGAUUCGAUUUGUUCUUUGUAGUGUUGGACGAGUGUAAUGAAAUUGUCGACAACGCGAUUGCCAAGAGAAUCAUAGAUUUGCAUUGUGAUAAUUUGAAUGAUAUUCAAGUGGUAUACCAACAGGAUGAGAUUAUGAGAUACAUUAAUUUUGCUAAACAGUUUAAACCCAUUUUAAAUCAGGAAGCUGCUGAGCUUUUGGUCGAAAAUUACACAGCUCUCAGACAAAGAACGGGCAGUGGAGCGGGAAAAUGGAGAGUCACCGUAAGACAGUUGGAGAGCAUGAUUAGAUUAUCCGAAGCAUUAGCAAAAAUAGAAUGCUUGGACGAAGUAACAGUGAAACAUGUCAAAGAAGCUAAACGAUUGCUACAGAAGAGUAUAAUUACGGUAGAACAGCCGGACGUAGAUCUCGAGGAAGGCAUGAACGAUGCAAACUUAGGAAUGGACAUUGAUGAGCCGCCACCGCUUAUGGCAGCACUUAACGCAGGAAACCAUCAUGAUGACGCACCUUCAUCACCACCUAAUGAAACAUCACGCGAACCACCAAAGAAAAAAUUAACCAUGUCUUUUGAGGAAUAUAAGAAUUUGUCGAAUAUGUUAGUUCUGUAUAUGAGAAGCGAGGAAAGUCGUGUUGAAAGCGAAGGUGACAGUAAGGGUGGCAUACGGAAAUCUGAAUUAAUUGCCUGGUAUCUUGAUAAGAUUCAAGAUCAACUAGAUUCAGAAGAAGAAUUACUAGACCGGAAAAAUUUUAUUGAAAAGAUUAUUGAUAGGCUUACAUACCAUGAUCAAAUUAUAAUACCUCUAACAACAACCAGCUUAAAAAGCAGAGGUAAAGAAGACGAAGAAGAUGAAGAUCCUUUACUCGUUGUUCAUCCCAAUUAUGUCAUGGAUAUUUAAUUUUAAGAAUUGAAGUGCCUUGAGGUGAAAAAACGUCAUUUAUUAUUUUAUACAAAAGAUUGUAGCGUUUUAAAAAUACUUCUUUAUCUUAUUAAUGCCAUAUUUUUUUACCCAAAUUCUGUAAAUGUUAUAAGCAUUACGGAAUUUUCAAUCAUUAUGACGCGGUGAUAAAAAGACAUUUUUAUAGCA